ACACCCAAAACUCUGCGUUUUGCUGGAAAAGUUGAAAUGGGGUUCAGAGAAGCAGUUUUGUUAGGAUUUCUGCUUCUCUUCACACGUGGAAAUCUUUGUGUUGCCUCACAAAACUGGUUUAACCUGAGCAUCAAUGAGACUCUGAACCAGAUCGCUCAGGAACAAGUGACAGCGAGCUCACAGCUGCCAAGAACUCUGCAGACGACAGAUCAUCAGUCAAACCGGACACAGCAAAGUGACCCGGCCCGUUCUCCUGCCAGCUACCGGCUCCGGAGCUACCAGCUCAGGAACCCAGCUGUCAGCAAACAAAAAGCGGCCCAGCCUCUUGCAGAGUGGACGCAAACAUUUCAAAACCCUCAGAGAUUGGAGCUGACCUCAGAGCAGCUGGACCAGUGGGAAACUGUCCUGGCUCAAGAGCUGCUCAAAUUGCCAUUUCAUGGUCCAGAUAUGAACCCACCUGUCGCACAGGAACCAAAAGUGCUGGUGAAGCUGGAGCAGCGGGUACCUGUGCCAGCGGACAGCGUGGCCGUGCGCUGUGGUGAAAGCGAAAUCACCAUAGAGGUCAAACAGGACUUCCUAGGCAAUGGUCAGUUGAUCCGUCCAAGUGAUCUGACCUUAGGAGGCUGCGCUGCACUAGACACGGCUGACCACAUCCUGCAGUUCCAGACAGAGUUACAGGGCUGCGGCAGCAGGAUGACAAUGACCGAAGAUGCCCUCAUCUACUCUUUUUCCUUGAUGUACUCUCCAACAGCCAUUGGCAAAACCUUCAUUUUAAAGACCAACCCUGCUGAGGUGGUAAUUGAAUGCCACUAUCAAAGGAGGCAUUACGUGAGCAGCAACGCCGUGAGGCCUACCUGGAAGCAGUUUGCCUCCAACAUGCUAGCAGAACAGAAGCUGCACUUCUCCCUACGCCUAAUGACAGACGACUGGCAGUCGCAGAGGCCUUCCAGUGUUUACUUCCUGAGUGACGUGAUGCACAUCGAGGCAGCGGUCCUCCAGGCUCACCAUGUUCCACUGAGGGUCUAUGUGGACAGCUGUGUGGCCACUGUGAACCCCGAUCCCGGUUCCCAACCCAGAUACCCCUUUAUCAACAACCAUGGGUGUUUAACCGAUGCUAAGCUGACAGGAGCCAAGUCUUACUUCAUGCAGAGGAGCCAGGAGGAUAAACUUCAUUUCCUGCUGAAAGCCUUCAGGUUCCACCAAGAUCACAGGAAUUCGCUCUACAUCACAUGUCAUCUGAAAGCAACAACAGUCUCUGCUACCAUCAACUCGCAACUCAAAGCGUGUUCAUUCCUGACUGAAGCUAACAGAUGGGUGGCAUCAGGUGGAGACAAUAAGGUGUGUAGCUGCUGUGAAACCAGCUGCACUGAGCAGAGACGGAGAAGAGGCCUUGCAGCAGAUGCUGGUCUUCCUCUAGAUCUGCAGUGGGAGGGGACUGCUGCUUUGGGCCCCAUCCUGCUGGAGGAGAACAUCCUGCUGGAGGAGCUGACUGAGGUCUCCGAGCUCCCGUCAGAGCCAGUCUCUCUGCUGCAGACUCACAAAGUGAUUCAAGCAGCUUCUUAUCCAUCGAUAGCCCUGCUGUGUGGAGUGGGUGCAGCACUGGCUGUGGUGUUGCUAGGUUUCAUGGGCGCAGUUAUUGGCAGCAGACUACGUAAGCCUGUGGGACAUGCUGUCUGUACCUGAUUUAAAAGAAAU